AUGUCUCACUUCAGAAAUGCGCCAGCCGCGCCAGGGGUUGCGUUCAUAACGGGAGGAGCACGUGGAAUAGGAAAUGCCAUCGCCGUCUCAUUCGCCAAAGAAGGUGCCCAAGCGGUCGUCAUUGUCGAUAUCCAGGACGAGGCUACGACUCGGGAGGGCAAGGAGGCCGUUGAGAAGUAUGGUGCUCGUGUUCUAACUAUCCAUGCCGACGUGACCAAAGAAGACCAGGUAGAAAAAGCCGUCGAGACUGCGGUCAAGGAAUUUGGUCGCAUAGACUAUGCGGCAAAUUUCGCUGGUAUUGUCGGGCCUCUCACUCUAGCCUGGGACACCCCAUUGGAGGAAUGGAGAAAACCUGUUGAAGUCAACCAAGUCGGCACCUGGCUGUGCAUGAAACAUGAAUUGCGCCAGAUGAUUAAGCAGGAUUCGGUUGAAGUAGGCUCUAUCGUUAACUGUGCCUCCGUCGCCUCGAUCCUCGGCGGUGAACUAUCGGGCGCAUAUGCGGCUUCCAAGCACGCGGUAAUGGGCAUCACCAAAUCGGCUGCAAUCGAAGCACGUCGGCACAACAUCCGCGUCAACGCCGUCAGCCCGGGCUUCUUACGCACGAGGCUGACUAGGAGCGAUUCCAGAUUGCCAGACGCGACGUGGGACGCUUAUGAAGCCCGUCAAGGCCGAGAAGCCAGCGUCAAUGAGAUCGGCGACGUGGUCGCCUUGUUGAGCACGCCUCGGAUGAGUCUGGUUAACGGGCAUAAUUUGGUUGUCGAUGGCGGCUAUACCAUCAGUUAG